AUGGAGAAAAAUAUCGACGAAUUGACGAUGAAGUACAACAAGCCAUGUAAUAUUUUAGAAUUAGAAGAUCUUUCCUUUGAAGUCACCGAUACUUUGCGGGUAUUAAAAAAACAAAAGGAAAUGAACUUGGAAAUCUACUUAAAAAAAAUGGAUCUGGAACCGCCUGAUGAAAGGCAAAAUGUAGAAAUGGCAAUUAAAGACGCUGACGAUAGAAGUAUGACAGUGGAAGAUGCAGUACUAAAUCCAAAGGCCAAGAAGAAGAAACCGAUGGCAUGUCUACCAAUCAAACACAUAGAACAAUUACCGAAAGAGAAAUGCAGUGAAGAGGAGAAUACCAAGGUACAAAAAAAGAAGCGACACAUCAAAGGUAAAUCGUCGUCCACUGGAAAGCUGACAUCUUCACGUAAUCUUUGGGUAUCCGGGUUAUCUUCAUUAACGAGAGCCAGUGAUCUGAAAGGUAUAUUUUCUAAAUAUGGAAAAGUUAUCGGAGCCAAGGUGGUCACCAACACCCGAACUCCGGGUACACGUUGUUAUAGCUACGUAACAAUGUCAUCAUCAUCGGAUGCCAGUCGAAGUGUCGCCAAAAGACGUGUGGAUACAACAAAAAAAUAUGAAGACAAGAAGAUACGAUACACAACUUCUAAGACGAGAGACGACAAAUGUAAAACUAUUGAUACAAAAGACGAUGCAUCAAAGAAACCUGAAGUGGAGAAGGAUAAGCAACGCGAUAAAGAAAAGUCAGCAGGAUACUGUUGUAACGAAGUUGCAGAAAUAGUGAUGAGCAAAUUAAUUCAACAUAGAAAGGAGCAUAGUCAUCGUGAACGUCACUUAGUUGGCGAACAUGACACGAUCACAAACUGA